AUGACCAAAGACGAUCAACUACAAGCUACAGUUGCUUUUGCUGAAAUUAACAAACGUGCUGACUCACAACCAGGUCUAAUCAAAAAAAUUAAUGCCGUUAUUGUAUUUGACGUAACUAAAGAUGGAAAAAUUCAAAAAAGUUGGACUAUUGAUGGUAAACAAGGAACACUCUAUGAAGGCAAACCAAAAGAAGGAACAACAGCUCAAGUAACAAUUACGGUUGAUGAUAAUGAUUUCGUAGAUUUAGCUUCAGGCAAAGCUAAUGCACCUUCACUUUUUGCUAAAGGCAAACUUAAAGUAAAAGGCAAUGUGAUGUUAGCACAAAAAUUAUCAACAUUAUUCAAAGAACAAUCAAAAUUAUAA